AGUAGGACGUACCGUGUCUGCUGCCGUCGACUAUAAGCUGGCUGUGACGAGCCCAUACCACGGUCCGCCGUGUCCGACUCACACGGACAGACACAGCAUAAGGGGCAGUGUGUGAAGACAGGAGCGCGCCUACCUCAGCUGGGGGUUCUGACACAUCCUGCAGCGUCUCGGUUUAUUGUCAUUUCUAUUGCAUUGAACACACACGCACGCAUAUAUAUUAAAAACAAACAAACAAAAAACAGCGUCAUUAUGUUGUGGACGGCGAGUCAAGUCUUGAGGAAAUUCUCCACUUCAUCCCAUCAUUACCAGAACAAGUUAAAGCUAGCAAUUAUUGGCCAGAGCCUGUUUGGUCAGGAGGUCUACAGCAAUCUGAGGAAGCAGGGGCACAAGGUGGUGGGUGUGUUCACGGUCCCUGACAAGGAUGGCAAGGCUGACCCCCUGGCGGUGGCGGCAGAAAAAGAGGGGACACCUGUGUUCAAAUUCCCACGGUGGCGGGUUAAGGGGAAUCCCAUCCCAGAAGUGGUGGAUGCCUACAAGGCGGUGGGUGCUGAGCUCAAUGUCAUGCCCUUCUGCUCACAGUUCAUCCCCAUGAACGUCAUCGACCACCCAAAGCAUGGCUCCAUCAUCUACCACCCCUCCAUCCUGCCCCUGCACAGAGGAGCCUCAGCAAUCAAUUGGACUCUGAUCCAUGGAGAUAAGAAAGCCGGCUUCACUGUGUUCUGGGCUGACGAUGGACUGGAUACCGGACCCAUCCUGCUGCAGCGAGAGUGUGAUGUCGAGCCCAAUGACACUGUGGACACACUGUACAACCGCUUCCUGUUCCCCGAGGGCAUCAAGGCUAUGGUGGAGUCUGUGCAGCUCAUUGCUGAUGGAAAAGCCCCUCGGAUUCCUCAGCCAGAGGAAGGAGCGAGCUAUGAAGGCAUUCAGAAGAAAUCCAACGCCAAGGUGAAUCUGGCACAGCCAGCCGAGGCGAUCCACAACUGGAUCCGUGGCCACGACAAAGUCCCCGGUGCUUGGACUGUCAUUGAUGGCCAGUCUGUGACCCUUUAUGGCUCCUCCAUGUUGGGGGGUUCAGUACCAGAGGGCCAGCCGCUGGACAUCGAGGGGGCUUCUCAGGCUGCUCGAGUCACCAAAAACGGGCUCAUCCUGUAUGGAACUGACGGCAAAGCUCUCCUAGUGAAGAACCUGCAGUUUGAAGAUGGGAAAAUGAUUCCUGCUUCCAAAUAUUUCUCUUCCGGAGAAAGCGCCAGUGUGGAGCUGACCGAUGACGAGAAGACAAUGGCAGAGGAGAUCAGGAACAUCUGGAAGGGCAUCCUCAGCAACGUGCCAGCCAUUGAGGACACCACAGACUUCUUCAAGUCCGGCGCCGCCUCCAUGGAUGUGGUCAGACUGGUUGAGGAGGUGAAGCAGAAGUGUGCUGGCGUCCAGCUACAGAACGAGGAUGUGUACAUGGCCACCACAUUCCAGGACUUCAUCCAGAUGUUUGUCCGCAAGCUACGAGGAGAGGACCAGGAGGAGGAGCUCGUCGUUGAUUAUGCAACCAAAGACAUAAACAACAUGACAGUGAAAAUGCCAUAUCAGUGUUUUAUCAACGGCAAGUUUGAGGAUUCAGAAAAUGGAAAAACCUAUGACAGCAUCAGCCCCAGUGAUGGAUCUGUGAUCUGUAAGGUGUCUUAUGCCUCAGUGGGUGAUGUGGACAGAGCUGUGGCUGCUGCCAAAGAAGCUUAUGAGAAUGGGCCCUGGGGCAAGAUGAACCCCAGAGACAGAGGAAGUCUUCUUUACAGGCUUGCAGACCUGAUGGAGGAACAUCAGGAGGAGCUGGCCACCAUCGAGUCCAUCGACUCAGGAGCCGUGUACACGCUGGCCCUCAAGACGCAUGUCGGCAUGUCCAUCCAAACCUUCCGUUACUUUGCUGGGUGGUGUGACAAGAUCCAGGGUAAGACGAUUCCCAUCAACCAAGCCCGGCCCAACCGCAACCUGACCUUCACUAAGAAAGAGCCUCUGGGUGUGUGUGCCAUAGUCAUCCCGUGGAACUACCCUCUCAUGAUGCUGGCGUGGAAGAGUGCAGCCUGCCUGGCAGCUGGAAACACGCUGGUUCUUAAACCUGCACAGGUCACUCCACUGACGGCACUAAAGUUUGCUGAGCUUUCAGUAAAGGCAGGCAUCCCAAAAGGAGUCAUCAAUAUUUUACCAGGCUCUGGUGGCAUGGUUGGACAGCGUCUGUCCGAGCACCCAGACAUUCGCAAGCUGGGCUUCACCGGCUCUACCCCUAUCGGCAAACAGAUCAUGAAGAGCUGUGCAGUCAGUAAUCUGAAGAAAGUUUCUCUGGAGCUCGGGGGGAAGUCCCCCCUCCUCAUCUUCAGUGACUGUGACAUGGAUAAGGCUGUUCGCAUGGGCAUGAGCUCGGUGUAUUUCAACAAGGGUGAGAACUGCAUCGCUGCCGGCCGUCUCUUUGUGGAGGAGUCCAUACACGACGAGUUCAUCCACCGAGUGGUGGAAGAGAUCAAGAAGAUGAAGAUCGGAGACCCCCUGGAUCGCUCCACAGACCACGGCCCACAGAACCACAAAGCCCACUUGGACAAGCUGCUGGAGUACUGUGAGAUCGGGGUGAAGGAGGGAGCCACACUGGUGUACGGAGGCAAACGGGUUGACAGGCCAGGUUUCUUUAUGGAGCCCACCGUGUUCACUGAUGUGGAGGACCACAUGUUCAUCGCCAAAGAAGAGUCCUUUGGUCCCGUCAUGGUGGUGUCCAAAUUUAAAGAUGGAGAUGUGGACGGCGUGCUGCAGAGAGCCAAUGACACGGAGUACGGCCUGGCUUCAGGCGUGUUCACCCGUGACAUUAACAAGGCCAUGUAUGUGAGCGAGCGGCUGGAGGCUGGAACCGUGUUUGUGAACACCUACAACAAGACUGAUGUUGCCUCACCUUUUGGGGGUUUCAAACAGUCAGGCUUUGGCAAAGACCUCGGUGAGGAUGCUCUCAUGGAGUAUCUCAAGACCAAAGCAGUGACCGUGGAAUACUGAGGCUCACAAUCUCCCAAUGAACUCCGAACAAGAACAGGAACUCCACAGUCUGAGUGACUCAGACUUCCAGCUCCAGACAGUGUGUGUGUGUGUGUGUGUGUGUGCGAAUGGUUCAGAGCAUGUGUACUGUAUGAGUGAUGGGGGAAAGCUUGGUUGACCCUGAGGUGGACAACAUGCCUUCUUUGUUUUCAGGUUUUCUGUGUGAAAUCCCUGAGGAGCCGAGCUGCUCCUGGCUGUAAUUUUUAAGAUGUAAAAAUAAUUAGCACAGCAAAAAACUAAACUCUAUUACUAUCAGUUAUCUUCACUGAUUCUGUCCAAACGUCAUGCUGCCUUCUUCAUCCCUUUAAGACCUUUUUACAAUAUUUUUUUCUACCUUGCUCUCGUUUUUAAUUCUUGGAUCACCUGAUCAGUAUAUGAAUGCCAUUAGGGUGCAGUGUGUGUUGGAUGCUUUUUGGCUCACAUGUUUACUCACCCACAAAUACUGCCAGCUUUGUGUAGGUUGCAAACAAAAUAGCAAUAUUAAACAUCUGUACUGGUCAGAAAAAUGGGAAUGUUUGAGUCUAGAAAGCAGCAUUAAAAUAGCUGGCUUUACAACUUUUCAGGAAGCUUCCUGAUCAGCCGUGCUCAGCACACAGUUCUGGAAUAAGGCUAGGAAAAUGGAAAACACGUAAACGGUGUGAGAAGCAGGAUACAGUGAGGCCAGCAGUCAGGAUAUCGCUGUUUGGAUACACUUCGAUCUCUUUGGCUGAAAAUGUAAACUUUUCUGCAUUUCUGAUCAGACCCAGAGGUCUUUGAUGCAGUCGUAACCUCCCUGUGCUGUGAUAACACCCGGACACAUUUAAGCACAACUACAUUCAGACAAGAAAUACUAUUUUGAGCAGUUAAAUGACUUUUUAAACACUUGGUUAAAAACAAACUGUUGGUUGCAGCAAAAGAUGGUUUAUUCUUAAUGACUGACUUGAAUGUUAAUGAUGAAAAAAAACAAUGUAUAGAUUGAUUUUAAGCUUUCAAACUUUAGUUAGAACACACUACAUAGAAGCUCUUUCAGAGACUGGAGGGUGGUGUGUAAUCCAGUGCAGUUACCAGUUAGUCACAUUUUAAAUUCCUUUUAGGUUUUCCUCGUGUUUCUGCUCAUUUUCUGUGGUUCACUGCAUCACAUCAAGAAAUCCUGAUUUCCUGAAAUGGUUGCUUAGCAGCUGAAUAUAAAGGUCAAAGUAUCAAUGUGAGAUAUUUCUAAGCUGUGAUGAACCGCCUCGAGCUGGGCGCUGCAUUAGAACUGAGCUAAGCCAGUAUUUAAUGUCACUAUUUAGCUUCACCACACAAACACUCUGUUUACAUCGCGUCUGUUCAGACAUCCUGACACAUCCACUCUGUGUCGAAACGUGACUUUCUUUGUAAAUAUUUGUUUAAACAAAACAGGUUAAAAAGACUUUCAUACAUUUUUGACCUUGUAUUUGUGAACUCGAGCAGGACUAUGUAGUGUAACACUAUGUUGUAUUCAUUAAAGCACACCAGCUAGAUGUUUUAUACGUCACUCAUGUGACAAAGUUGUAAACUUAAUUUUCUAAUUAUCCCACAUUGUCAGUGAAGGCAGCGAGGGCUACAAUGCAAAUAUUUUCUCAGUCUUUAAGAGAGCGAUCGUGUCAAUAAACAGUAUGGCUUCAGAAAGCUUGGUGUUCAUUUUACUUUGUGAUGCUGACGUUAAUUAAACGUGCUGCGUACCAACA